AUGCCACUCACAUCAUUCGUCCGGUUAAACCGGGCUUUUCGUCAUUGGACAACUCCAAGUCCAAGUCCUUCCACAACACAUCACACCAUAACCCCCAAUGACCCUGCUCUGACCUUGCAGAAGCCCCAUUUGGUUGUCCCUCUCUACAUCUAUCCUUCCCCUGGUGCUUGGGAGCCACUUUUUCAGGCGGCCCGCGAUAGCCCCAGCGUCUCUUUCAUCGUCGUUGUCAACCCCUGCAACGGUCCUGGCGUCGAGGCACUGCCUGACUCUAAUUACCGGAACGUUCUGGCCCAACUCAGCACUUUCCCCAAUAUCCAAGUCCUUGGUUACGUGUACUGCAGUUACGGCACUCGUCCCAUAUCAGAUGUCCAAAAGGAUGUCUCUGUCUACUCAGGCUGGAAUUCACAAUUCAAAAUGAACGGCAUCUUUUUUGAUGAGGUCCCUUCCACUGAGGGGGACCUUGGUCUGAUGACAAGCCUGUCCCAUUUUUCAAGGUCGAUCUGGAACCAAAGCACCGGGCAGUCCGGGAUCUUGGUUUACAACCCCGGUGUUGCCGUAGGCGAAGGGUUCUACCGAGGUGUCGAUCUGGUGGUUGCGUUUGAGCAAUCAGAGCACCAGUGGCAAAGUUGGUACCUGCAUCAGAAUAACCCCAUUCAUCUGCGAAACAAAAAUGUUGCUAUCGUUCAUUCGUGUUCAGGAGAUGCCAAGGUCUUGGCACACGAGAUGGUCAAGAUGGGCUUUGGUGGCUUGUACUUGACCGAGCAAUCCGGUGGAGGGUACACACAGUGGCCUAAAAGCUGGUUGGAUGUUGUUAAAGUUCUGGAUCAGGUCUUGAUUACUAGUCAGGAACAAAAGAACUAG